CUCUUUUUUUUUUUUUUUACUCCUCUUCGCCCAACCCAUAUCUCCUUCCUCCCUUCCUUCCCUUCUCCUCCCUGUCUUUCCUUCCUGCCCUCAAUUGCAUCGUUGCAUUGAACCGUUGCGUGCUGUGUGCCUGUGUGUGCCUGUGUAUGUGAGAAAGUCCAAUCGGCUUUUGCGCGCGUGCUGGUUGUAUCCAUCCACAAGCACGAUUAUUACAUUUUAUCCUUCUCCCCCGUCCUGCUUAGUUCAUAACACAACCGACCUAUCACCUCUAUAUCAAAUUGCCGAUAUGCCAGACUCAACACCGCCAACCGAGAUACUCUCGCACCAAAGAUCCUCCUUCACCAUCACCAACCGGGAGGAGCAACAAUCACUUUCUCAUUCACAGCACUCUCAUCCUCUCAACUCCUCAUCUCACCAACAGCAACAGCAACAGCUAACAUCUCCCUCGCGAACUCCUUCACCCGCCCCUGUGCACUCACCCAUACUCUCCCCCUCCCACUCUCCCUCUCCUUCUACAACGUACCAGCAGCAACCAUCACACCAAUAUCAGCACCAGCACCAAUACAACCAUCCACCCACCCGUUCAAAUAGUCAAUCAGCCCCUUCUCAGGAACACCUUCAACGAGCACUUCACCAGCAACAGCAGCACCAGCAGCAGCUCAUCGACCUUAUCUCUGACUCGGACUAUGACUCCGAUACCACCAUGGCCAUGAUCACUACUGCCCUACUCGAGUCUCAGCACUCGAUCCACCCUCCCCUUCUACAGCCUCAGCAGAGUUUUCUUCGUCAACAUACCUUCGACAUGGCAAGGUUCUUGGAUUUCACAGUCGAGGCUUCAGUCUUGCUCGAGACGUUGCACCAGAACGGACUUAUCCAUGGCCAGCUCAGCCCGACCUCCUUUCGCUGGGAGGAGUCAUCUUCUCUGAAGGCAUUCAACAGCAGCAAUACCAGCGGCACCAGUAAUACUAGCAACAGUAAUGGCAAUGGCGUCAGUUCCCCUCCUCUUUCAUCUUCGACUUUUACCACUCCUCCCUCAGCCAUCAGAGCAAAUUCAGACCAGAGCCUUUCAGCCUUCCCUCCGUCGCCUUCACCCAGGCAUAGUUUCCAGGGUCACCCAAGUCGCAAAGAGAACCAUACCAGUCCCAGUCAAUUGACGCUCGACAGGGCAGGUUCAAUCGCAAAAACCAGUGCAACGAUCAGCAAUAGCUCCAGUAGUACGGGUACAGGUACCAGUACCGGCAAUAGCAACAGCAGCAGUUGCAAUAAUAACACCAAACCAGCGCACAGAAGCAGGCGAUAUUCUCUUGUCUUAGACUGUACUCAUCUUGGCCUAGGCGAAAAGAGCACAGAGCCAGUAGACAGCCCGGCAAAAAAAGGUCUUCGAGACCACGCAGCAGCCGCCAACGUUGCCAACGGCCAUGGCCAUGGAUCACCCUCGACGACUCUAGGCAUCACUUUAUCCAGUACAGUACCCAUUGCCUUGGAUGCCGAUGGUAGCGGCAGCAAUACUAGCGGCAGCAUCGGAUCUCUCCUAGACCCUGCACUGUUCUCACCGCACGACCUCAACUUGCAGCCCUACAGCAGCGGCAGCAAUGGUGUCCUGCACGAUACAAUUUCAUCGCGCAUGGCACGUAUCAAGAGGUCGCUCCUGUCCUCGUCUGCAUCGUCACCAGCCAUCAGCCAGUCGGCGUCGUCUGCAUCUCCUGCGUCGUCGUCGGCUACGUCGGCUGGUUCUACCGCGUCAGGAGUAUCCGGAUCAUCACAGCCCUUGGUGAUCAAACAACAUUUUCUAUUGCAUGUACCACAGGAGUUGCACUCACCACCUGGAUGCGUACUACCUGUCCAGAUCGACAUCUACUCUCUCGGUGUCAUGUUCUACUACCUUUGGGCAUCGUACUCCGCAUUCCAGCCUGAGGUGUUGACUCAAGGAGCUAUCGCAGAGGGAUUGAACUCAUUUGCAUCUGGAAAUGGCUCAGCAGCAGUGGGUAGAAUCGCCUGCCAUGCAGCCACCCCUGCACGCCUAGCCAAUGUCAUCCAUCGAAUGGUAGCAAAGGCAUGACCAUGCACUGUCAUGCAAUGCACGCUUUUUAGCCUGCUUGGUAUGCUAUUCCGUACAUAUUUAUACAGAAAAUCACUAUUAACGGGAUUUUUUUUUUUUUAUGUGCGGCUGUUCCUCAAACCAAUGAAACAGAGUUCCAAGGAUAGGUUCCUGAGUAUCUCUCAAGUGCGGAAGGAAUUGAGUGUCAUUCGAGAUCAGGAGCAGGAGGCGCUGAAGAAGGAAACAGAGUCGAAGGCAUCCGCCAAAGCUGCAUACGAAUCUAAGGCAGGAUCAAGUCCGUCUGCCACUAAACCAGCUCAACUGUCG